CAGAGCCUGCUCGAAGAAACACUGGAUACUCUAGUUCUUCUGUUUCCAUACGAAGACACUGGAACCAUGAAACUACUUAAGAGAGAGAAGAAGAAUUUCUGGAGACUGGGGCGCUGUGGCCGGACAAGGAAGGUUGAGCUCGACGACUUUUCAUACUGGAAGCCAGGCAUUCAGAGGUUACUGGAGGAGUACAAUAAGCCACCUCGAGGGACCCAGCAAAUUCGUCUCGACAAGGAGGGGCGAAAUUUCCUAGAGUUUUCCACGUUCUGGACGGCACUCCUCGUUGCUAUCUUGACUAUACUGGGCAUUGCCUUUGGGACGAUCGGAACUGCAUACGCCAUCAAGGCCUACAAUUUGUCCUACAAACAAUAACGUGCUAUCACAAAAGCAGUACGCGCUUGACUUGGUUCAAGCUUGCGCAGAUUCGGAAGCGCCCCAGAAAUGGCCAGAAUUUUGCAGGAGCUAGGCAGGACUGUUGUAUUGUAUCGGCGAGGUGGCAGAGGUCAACAAAGCACAAACGCGA